AUGAGCGCAACGCGCCGGCAGCGGCAACCGCACGACUUGCUGCCUGCCAGCGUUGCCAGCAACACAGGCAACCACACAUUGCCACCACCACUCUCCCUAUCUUCGCUGUACAACAGUGGUCACAAGCACAGCCACAAUGCGGGCGACACAGAGUCGCUCUGCGCUGACAUCGGCGACGGGGUCGCCAUGCUGCUUGACUUUGAUGGCGUCGAGGCGUGUCCCCCGCUGUGCAUGGUGCGGAUAGCACACACCUUGCUGCAGCACUCCGUCGAUCCCACCGCACAAGCUGAAGCAAUGCAGGUCCUUUGGGAGUGCGUUGCCGACGGGCGCGAGCACUGUAUCACCUUCCUCCACAGCGAAACAUACAUCCGCCUCCUCAUUGCUAUCAUGCGCUCGCACAGGCGCUGCGAGCGCCUGCAGCGCUACGGCUGCUCCCUCCUGUGGCACAUUAUCCGGUGUCAAGCGGGAUCUGCAACGGCCCCACACGCGCCCGUAUCCGCCACACCACCCACGCCGCCAGCAGCCGUGUUCAACACCACCGCCAACCCCUCCACCCACGAUGCAGUGCCGCCGACGACAAGCACAACAGCCGCCACAGCAAGGUGUCCAACCAUCACAACCACACCAGCGUCACGCAGCAGCCGCAGGACCAGCCGCCACCACUACCACCACCUUCACGGCGUUCGCGGUCGAGGUGGUGGUCGAAGCAGCAUUGCAGAGGAGAGCGGAGUGGCGGGGAGUGAACCCGACAGGUACACGUCGCGGUGGCGCCGCCGGUCAAGCAAGGCGAGCAUGCACAGAGACACAUGCAUGCACCACACAGAGCACAGGGCUCAGCGGCGCGUGGAUGACCGGUUUGACGGUGGCGAUGGCGAUGGCGACGGUCAAGGAGAUGGGGAUGCCUCGGAUGCAAGCAGCGACAGCAUUGUGUGGAGUGACCACGAGCACGACAAUGAGAAGCGCGACGAUGAUGAGCGGACGAGCGACGCCCGGGCCAGCGAGAGCGCAAUUGGCAGCAUGGACCAAGACACGGCGCAGCGACGCUAUAGCAGCAGUAGCCAGCAGCACGGCACCCGGGCGAGGCAGCAGACUGUUGUUUACAGACCCCGCGCGCAUGAGCAUCACCACUUACGGCGCCCGUCUCGCUGCUCUGGCGAACACGCCCCCUUGCAUGUGCCCCGCGCAUCAGCAGCAGGACCAACACUUAUAGCGACAACACUAACAGCGACGACGGCACCACCAACCUCUGGCGCUGCUCGGCACCAGCGGGCAUCCGUAUUGGUCACAACCAACAACAGCAGCAGCAGCAGCAGCAACAACAACAGCAACAACAACCAGAACCAGAACCACAGCGAACACCAUCAGCAGCACCAGCAGCAGAGCGGUCAUGACCACCAGCACGGUGACCACCGCACACACCCCUUGCUUGCAUCGGCUGUGUCCCAUGGCCGCGGCGACUGCUGGUGGGCGAUUGCGUUUGGAGCGCCGCAAGUGCUGAUCGCAGCCAUGACCCGGUUCCGUCGCAACACCGCCAUCCAGCUGCACGCCUGCGAGGCCCUGCACCACAUGACGCGCGUUGAGACAGACGCGUGCGCGCAGGUCAUGCACUACGGUGGCGUUGAGGCGCUCAUAUCUGCCAUGUGCACACACGCGGAGUGCACGCGCCUGCAGUAUGCUGCGUGCUCCGUGCUGUUGGCCGUUGCGCAGAGCAAAGGGGGCCGCGGGCGGCUGGUGGCCAAGUGCGGGGCGAUGGAGGCAACAGCUGCCAUGAUGCGUCACCACCUCCACGACAUCCGGCUGCAGAUCCUGGCCUGCCGCGCGCUGGAGGUGUUGGCAAGCAGGAUGGGGUGGGCCGACGACGGGCAGCUGCGGGUGCGGACGCUGACUGCCCCGCAAUCUCUGGCACCACCAGUGCCCAUGACGAAACGAAGCAAGGCAGGAACAAGCUCGACAUGUUUACAGCAGCACCUACAGGCGUACGACAGUGAGAAGACAGCACCAGCACCAGCAGGGGGAGAAAGACAGCACCAGCACCAGCACCAGAACAAGGGGCAAGCAGGGGGAGAAGAGGGGCAGCAACAGCAACAGCAGCAGCAGCACGAGCAACGUCAAGUUACAGAUCAGCGCAGCCCCAACCCGUCAUCUGCCCUCGUGUCACCAUCAUCCGCAUCAACACCAUCGUCGUCGUUGUUGUCGCCGCUGGUGUCUGGUGCCGGCGACGAGCCGAAGCGGCGGCUGCGCAAGAUCUGCGCCGUGAGCCGCGUGCUGCUGGCGAUGAUGGUGCACCGGGACCGGCUCGGUGUACAGCUCGCUGGUCUCGGCGCCCUCAACGUCUUCCUCGCUGUCGCCCCAUUCACGGGAGACGAGUCUGGCAUUGAUCGGCGAACCGUGUAUGGCGUGAGCGCACGUGCACCCGAACACCACGACCACCACCACGACCACCACCACGACCACCACCAUCACUUGACGCCGUCGGCCCUGGUUCACCUCGCCUCGCCAUCACCAUCAGCCUCGAACAGCAAUGCAGGUCGUGGUGGUGGCGGCGGUGGCGGUCGAAAGCCAUCCCGUGCACGCUCGUGUUCGUCGCACGCCACGCGCGCUGAUGUGAUUGGCGCCGUUGUCGCAGCUGUUGCCCGCUUCCCACACAGCGACACCGUCCAGCGCUGGGCGAAGCGCGUCCUGAAGCGCUGUGGCACGCGCAUACCGUAG